AAGCCAUCCACAAAGUACAGCCUGGGCAUUCGAGGGACAUCACUCAUUUUCCCCAGUGACCUUGACAAGUCACAGCUUGAAAGCAGGGAAAUCCGGAUGUCUCAGUUAUGAAGUAGAGCAGUUUUACAUAUUUCCAGAACUCUCCAUCCAGCCUGGUGAUUGAGCAUCCUCUCCCUUACUGCCUGUGCCUGUGGCCAUCUGCAGUGCCUCCCCGGCUCCCAGGGCUUUGCACAAUGAUCAAGUGUUUCAGCCUGAUGCUGCUUAUUGCCACCAUAUGGACCACAGGGCUUCUGGUCCAAGGCUCUGUCCGGGUACAAGAGCUUUUCGCAACGUCAUGCAGAAUUAUGGGAGUUGCCCUUGUGAACAAAAAGGUAGACCCACAGCUGAAUUUCACAGAAGCCCAGGUGGCCUGCAAGCUGCUCGGACUAACUUUGGCCAGCAAAGCCCAAGUCGAAGCAGCACUGCUCUCUGGCUUUGAAACUUGCAGUUAUGGAUGGGUUGCAGAACAAUACCCUGUCAUCCCUCGGAUUAACCAGAACCCCAAGUGUGGGAAAAACGGGAAAGGCAUCCUGAUUUGGAAAGCUAGAGCUCACCAAAGGUUCAGGGCCUAUUGUCACAACUCAUCUGAUAUCUGGGUUAACUCAUGCGUUCCAGAAAUUAUCACCACUUCUGAUCCCCUAGUAGACUUUGAAACUGAAACCUACACUACAGACUUCACUGUCAGCGACAGCACCUACUCAGCACCAGCCCCAUAUUCUACAACCCUGGCUCCUGCCACCGCUCCUGCUCCAGCUGCCACUUCUUCUUCACGGAGGAAAAAACUGAUUUGCAUCACAGAAGUUAUUACAGAAACUAGCUCCCUGCCUACAGAAACAGACUCAUCCAUUGAAAGUGGAACGGCGUUCAAGAAUGAAGCUGCUGGGUUUGGAGGUGUCCCCACGGCUCUGCUAGUGCUUGCUCUGCUCUUCUUCGGUGCUGCAGCUGGUCUGGCAGUCUGCUACAUCAAAAGGUAUGUGAAGGCCUUCCCUUUUACAAACAAGAAUCAGCAGAAGGAAAUGAUUGAAACCAAAGUAGUAAAGGAAGAGAAGGCUGAAGAUGGCAACCCUAAUGGGGAAUCAAAGAAAAUUGAUAAAAACCCUGAAGAGCCCAGGAGUCCACACAAAACUACAGUACGAUGCCUCGAAGCUGAAGUUUAGACAAGAAGUGAGGAGGAUCACCUGAUGCUGGUUUCUUUCCUGAUCCAUAUUUGGGCUCCAGGUGGGAAACAAAAAGCCAAAAAAUCCAAAGAAGAAAAUUCACCAUCAGUUCCUAACAGGGAUCAGCUCAGGGCUUUCUUUGGACAAUGGAGUUCUCCAAAGGGAGCCUUCCUUCCCCUUUACUCCUUUCUGGAUCCUACUCUCCUACCUCCAAAUCCUCCCACAGUCUUUCUAGUCUGGACAUGUCCUAAUGCUAUCCCAGUGGGAGAAAGGACCUUUCAAAGCUCAAGGACCCACAGGAGCUCAUCCAGCACACAUCUGUAAAUGGGUCUCCAGGCUGGCAGAGACUAGGGGAGGAGUGGCAGAGUCACUGAGACCAGGCUGGACCCACAGCCUAUAGUCUUUCUGAGCUCUGAAAAGGAGACACUUAUACCACCUGGUCCUGCUGAGCCAGGCAGAAGUAAAAGAAGGGGAAAAAAUGGUUUAGAAAAAAGCCAUGGGAAUUCCUAUGACUUGAGACAUAAUCUCUGCAAAACCACAAUAAACAGAGCACUAGGAUGAGGCUGGGGAAAUCUAACACCACACCACUGCCAGCAGGGACUAUAAAUGCAGAGGGGUCAGGUACUCAUCUCUGAGUCAGUUGAGUUGCAAUCACUUUUCAGAACACACACACACUUUCUUUUCUUUCUGUUGCUGCUAUUUUUCUCUAGAAUAGGCUUCUAUAAGAAACAACAAAAAUACACAGAAAUUUCUGGUUUUACCUGAGCAACAGAAACCAUUAUUAAGGAAAAUUACAAUGUUUGAAUAAAAAGUAAUAAAAUUCAACAAAUGGUUUGCCAUAUAUUUCCUACUGGUCGAGUAUCCUUAUUCUGAAAUGUUGGGAUCAGAAGUGUUUUCAGAUUUGGGAUCUUUUUUGAUUUAGGAAUAGUUGCAUAAUGAGAUACCUUGGGCAUGAGCUCUGAGUCUAAACAUAAAAUUCAUUUAUAUUUCAGAUAUACCUUAUAAUAUAAGUUGAAGGAAAAUUUAAGCAACACUUUUAAUUGUUUUAGGAUUGAAAUGAAGUUUCAUGAUAUAGAAUUUCCCAUUUGGGAGUGUCAUAUUGAUGCUCAAAUUCUGGAGCAUUUUGGAUUUUGGAUUUUUGGAUUAAGGAUGCUCAACCUGUAUGUGUCAGGCGCUCUGAAGAUAUUAUGCUGUGUAACUGAGUAUUAAUCAUCAAAACUUGAACAUAGCUAAAGCUAAACUGUUCAACUUUGAUAUUCCUAGCUUUGAUAUUCCUACUACUUUCAGACUAAUUUUUAAACUGACACUAAUCUAUUCAUUUUCUUUAAUACAGCAACCAUUAUAACUUUAAUUUAUUAUUAACAUACCUAAUUAGUGCAUUACCUCUACACAUCAAAGCACAUUUUUAAAAUGCCACUAACAAAUGUAUCACUAGCUCUAAUUUUUUCCAGCAAGAAGAAUCUGGGGUGCAGAAAUAUUUGUGCCCCCGCAACAAAUAAAGCAUUUAGAUAAUUUCUUUGUUCUCUUAUUUACAUUGAUGCACAAAUUAAAGUCAGCACACAAAUCUGAAAUCUGCAGUCUGUAAAAGUAAAAGAGAAAACUUUGGUUGUUAAAAUUCAGACCUGUAAGCCCAGUUGUAUAUAAAGCAUAAUGAGAAACUGUCCUUACUUCAGAUGGUCUUCCUUUAAGUGUCUCAAGUACACAUACAUCAUUCCUUUACUUGAGACUUGGGUCCUACAUCCCAAUCCAUUUCAGAGUUCAAAACACUCGGAAUGACUCAUCUGUCCAGGUUCUCUAGCUUUCUCUCUCCCUCUCCCUACUCCCACCCUAUUCCCCACCCAAUUCCUACCUGGUUAAUUGGCUUCCUCCACAUGGUCAUUUUUUCCCAAAUACCAUAACCUGUGGAGUAAUCUUUUAAGGUUGGCCUACAGUUAAAUUCAGUAUAGCUGUCAAUAACUGAAAAUCAAGAUGUCUCAUAUACUUCUGUCUCUAGAUUCUCUAGGAAAAAUAGAAGCUCUGAAUAUAGAGAACCCAUAUUCCUGAGAGCAACCACCACUUGAAGCCACCUUAGUGGCUAUCCCUGUUAAGUGGGAUAUGCUCUCUCGGGUCACCAUGUUCCGUUUCACUCUGUGGCUCCUUUAUGCCAAAGGUGCCAUCCCUAUGGCGCUCCUGCUACCUUUGCCUUUUUGCAUGCCAGCCCAUGUCACUCAUUUAUAUUUCCUGCCCAACUCUGUAGGCUUAUGAGUUUGAAUCUCUGCUUUUCAGUCUUUCAUCUUUAUCAGCUUCAUCCAGUUCUCAGGGA